AUGGCUUACUCUUCACCUCAAUUCUCGAACUCUCCAGAGAUUAUUGGUCUGGCGCCUCCUGCUCCACGACAAAGACAAGAUAAAGUCAGUAAAUAUGCUAAAUAUGAUGAUAUAUUAGGCUCAUCAAAACAUUUAACGAUGAAAAAGAAAAAAAAUAGAGUAGAAACAUUUGAAAGGUCGACUAUUCAUUCAAUGGAAGAAUUGCUUCAUAUUUUGACUGCUAAGAAAAAUAUAAAUAAUCUAUCAUUUCACAUUAGGGCUACUAUCCCUUUCUCUUCUUUCAAUUUACCAUUUCAUCCAACUCCCGAAGCAGUCGACGCAUUAUAUGACAAGAUUAGAGAAGAUAUUUAUGAUGGUUGUGGCAUUGCUUUAGUGUUAAACCAUACAGAUAGAGCAAAAGAUAACGUUACUAGAAGUAAAAGAUACAUUUGUCGUCAAGAUAGUAGAGGUGAUGUCAGCAAGAGUGGUAAAGGCUCCAAUUUGAAACAAUUUCAUUGCGGUUCAAGAUUUAUCUUUAAAUACAAGGAUAGAUACGCAUUUGUCGAAUUAGAUUUAAUUCAUAGAAUUAAUCAUAAUGUUAAUAUUCCUGUUCCAACUUUAACCAAGGCUGGAUUUUCUAAGAAAGAUAAUAUUGUUGACACAACUACUGUUCAUAAUAUGAAAAUCGAUAAUACUUCGGUACCAGCAGUUGCUACAACAGCACCAUUAUACACAAUCAAUACAAUUCCAAAUAAUGUUACAACUAUGAGUGCAAACUCUGUAAUGACUGGAGUGGGACAAUCUAUUGGUUGUCAACCAGCUAUAACUUAUCAAUACCCUACUAGUAUAAUGCCACCAAUUUAUUAUCAACAAAGUGCUAAUACUGCCGUUCCUAAUAUCCAAAAUUAUAACCCUCAAACCGCUUUUUCGAAUAAUGAUCCUUAUUUCCAAUCAAAGUAUUCCAGUAAUAAUAAUAAUAAUAAUAAUAAUAAUAACUCCCUUCCAAGUAUUCAUGCCGAUUUUCAACAUCAACACCAACAACUGCAGCUUCAUCAGCAACAAGAUGUACCUAUAUUAAGUCAAAUCCCUCAGUAUAGGAAAAUACGAACCCCACCUCAACCUGCUUCUGCUGCAGUUAUGCCUUUUCAAUUACUACAAACACCGAUUUUACCUUCAUUGACUAAUUUUAAUAAUGGAACCGUUCAAUAUACUCCUCAGACUGCUGUUCCUAUGGAAUUGGCUCCAAAUGUGGCUCCAACUACAAAUCAGCCAAGAUUAUUACCAAGUUUCGAUGAAGGGUUUAAUAGACCAGCAGUUCUUCGUGGAUCUAUGUCUAUGGAAGUUGGUGAUUCAUUAGACAGUCAACAGUCCACCAAGGUUGAUAGUGAUCAAGACAAUAUUGAUAGGUUGAGAAAUGCAGUAGAUGCAUUUCAAACACUUAAGGGAGAAGAUGGACAGUUCAGGAAUGCAGAAGUUUCUUAUUAUCAGCAUUUUGUCAACGAAAUACGGGAAAGCUUGUUAAAUAUAGGCGACGGUGAUCCCAAUAAAAUUAAAAGUGUUCUCUCCAAUAGUCCUUUUUGGAAAUCCAUCGAGGAUAUUGAAAAUAUUGUAAGAAAAUAUUCUGGCACAUCAGUUAAAACGUUCAAUCAGGAACCAAUCAGCCCUAUUGUACCAAGUUCUGAUAGUGAGAAAGAGCCAAAUGCAAGCUCGCAGAACCCGCCUUUCUACAGACAACCAAAAAUGGAUUACUUUGACAAAAGAUUACAAUAA